CUUUAUGAAUUCAAUUAUAGAAUCUGAUAAAGAACGGGAAAAAAGAAAUGCUCGUGCGACCAAAGGUCAACCGGAAGAAGCACUAGAAGUGAUUACAGGAAAUCGCCCAAAGAAGUUUCGUAGGGAGAAAAAACCUCAAGCUCAGGCUGACGCCAAUCGCUCCCAGAAAAUGCAUGAAUUUGUAUCCAGACGGAAAAGCUUGGAGAACACUCUCACCUCCUUGGAUAUCUAUCAACGAGCGAUGCUACGAGAAAAAUUAAAUCUGCACAAACAAGAUAUUAUCAGACCUGAGAUAUUGCAUAAGUCUUUGAAGGUCAAAAGGGAGGCCGCGGGCGCUUCAAGCGUCACCGUCGCUGCCCCCACAGACGAGUGUAGCAAACCACAACUGGAGCCGUGCGCCAAGCACGAGCUUUACGUCAAUUUCCGGGAUAUAGGCCUGUCGACAAUCAUCGCACCCGAAGGCUACGCAGCUUACCAAUGCCGUGGCCAUUGUAAGUCGCCGCUCAGCCAAGAGCAAAAACCAACCAAUCAUGCAACUAUACAGGGAAUAAUUCACAAAAUGAAUCUGGCAUCCAGUGAAGAUGUUCAAACUCCGUGCUGUGUCCCUGUAAAUUUAUCAAGCAUUUCAAUUCUAUAUCACGAUGAAGAAAGAGACGGAGUUGUAUUAAAAAGUUAUGCAGAUAUGGCCGUUUUGAUUCCCAGAUUAGGACGACGCACUGGAAAUGGAAGUACACAAGAAGAAAAAGAUGAUAAUGAUUUACUUGAUAGUCCAGAAUCCCUGUCUUCGGGAAAAUCUUUGACUAAAAAGUCAGCACCCGUUGCACCCCCUCGAACAAGAAAGACAGGAUGGGGUGAAGAUCUCAAAAGUGCAAAACAAAAAGGCCUGUUUUCAGCAGUCGAUCAAGAACGAUUCGUGAUCGGUAGUAAAAAUUCAAAAGAAGAUGAUAUUCCUGUAAUACCAGAUUUAGAUGACAUUAUUGAAGAUACUAGUGCAAUAGAUAUUUCUAGUACUCCUGCGGUUGGAGCUAGUCGAGCAGCAGCAGCGUAUAAAGAACUCAAUACAGAUCUUUUGAAAAAUAAACUGUUUUCAAAAUAUGACGAUGUGGAUUUGAGUAUUCUCACAGAAAAACUUUAUCCUGAACAUCUUGUCCAAGAACCUGAUGAAGUUUGGACUUGGGAUUCUUUAUUUGCUCAAGUAGCCUCAGAAAUUAAUAGUGAAUCGCAAUCAAAAGUUAAAGAAAAACAAUAAUUAAAUUAUUUA